AUGUCGGACUUCGCGCGAUCGCUUGCGGGCAUGGAGCCACAAUUUAAUAUCCGAGUCAAUGUUAUGGCCCCUGGCUGUGUCAAGACACCCCUAUGGACGUCAGACAAGUUGACCUGGUUCGAUGAGCAGACCGAUGCCUGGGUGCCUGCUGAUAAGGUCGCGCAGACGAUUGUCGAUCUCAUCACGAAGAAAGAGAAUAUUGGGGGUACUGUGCUCGAGGUCGGAGCGAAUCGCGUGCGACAGUUAUAG